AUGGAUGGUAUUGAUCUCGCACUUAAAGCACGUCUAUUGUGUCGCCAGAACCGUCUGACCAACACGUCUGGAGUUGCCCCGGGCUAUCUCCAAGCCAAUCUACUCGUUCUCCCUUCCAGAUAUGCCCCCGACUUCCAAGACCUUUGUUUGCGUAACCCGACCUCAUGCCCUUUGCUAGGGAUGUCAGUCACCCCUGGUGACCCGCACACGAUCAAGCCCGCAGGAUGUAUUCGGUCUGCGGAUUUCGACCUAAGAACGGACUUCCCCAAAUAUCGGAUGUACAACCACGGAAAAUUCGUUGAGGGCCGCUAUGAUCUCCUCGAUGUGUGGAGCUCAGACCAUGUGGGUUUUCUCAUCGGGUGUUCCUUUUCCUUUGAAGGUGCUUUGACGGCCGCGGGCCUGCAACCGCGUCAUCAAGAGACUGGUUCGGUAGUCGCGAUGUAUCGCUCAAACAUUCCGCUUCUACCGGCGGGUGUUUUCACAGGGGCGCAUUGCAUUGUCUCCAUGCGGCCAUAUAGGCCAGAUCAGAUAGAACAGGUGCGAGCGGUGACCCGGCCGUAUCUAUCCACCCAUGGUGAGCCAGUGGCUUGGGGAUGGGACGGGGCCAAGCAGCUUGGAAUUCUCGAUGUUGGUCGGCCUGAUUUUGGAGAGCCACAAGUCUUUCGGGAGGGGGAAGUUCCCGCAUGCGGUGUCACCCCUCAGAUGGCGGUUGAAUCCGCCGGUCAUCAGAUCGAUGGACUGGUAUUUUCUCACGAGCCAGCCAGCAUGUUAGUGACCGACUGGACGGUUGAGGAUAUGCGGAUGUUGCAGCCGAGUAAGAUGUAA